ACAGGUCACGUGAUGUAAAUUUUUGUUGGGCAUGCGCGACUACCGAAUAUCUUCUGAGUGAUUUUGAAACGGUGAGAUUUUCUUGAAGAAUUAAAUUUUAAACCACAUUUCGUGUUUUCUGAAAAAUUUAAUUCGUAUGUAACAUUGAUUAGUGCCAGUGGAUGACAGUGUUGCAGUGUUUAGUUAUAAAGGUCAUAUCUAUACAAGGCUCUUAUUUUCUUAUUUUCACAUCGAAGUAAAAAAGCAGUGAAUUAUUACAAUUGUGAUUGGAUUUCCAAGUAACGAAGAAAUCAGUAAAUGGACAUGACGUCUAAAAGCGUCGUCAUCAACGUGUUGUUUGAUACAAUCGUGUCGUGCUAAGUGAUCGUUCGGUGCCGAUUCGGUGUUGUGCCCGCGUGCCGGUGCCGUGCGGCGUUAAAGUGGCGCCAUCGCGUGUGCAAUGACUGUUAUAUGGAGGACAUUCUGUGAUACGAGCAAGGAACUCUUGGAUUUAUCGGAGAAGCUGAUUUGGUAAAAGAUGGCUCACUACCCUCAACCGGCUACGCUGGAAGCGGCGCUGCCGCUGCUGGUGCGCCCCGACCCCCGGCUCCGGCAGCAGCUCGGCGAGCGGCUCGCGGCGCUCGUCCGGCGCGAGGAGAUCACGCACGAGAUCGUCGGGCCGCUGCUCGACGCGCUCAUCACAUGGCUCAACGGUGGUAACUUUAAGGUGGCGCAGAGUGGUCUGGAGGUGAUAAGCGCGCUCUCGGAGCGGAUGGGACACGAGUUCUCACACUACGUGCCGAAUGUGUUACCACAUAUAAUUGACAGGCUCGCGGACACGAAGGAGGGCGUGCGCGUGUCGGCGCGCGCGUGCGUGGCGGCGCUGAGCGACAGCCGCGCGGCCGCCCCGCGCGCGCUGCUGGCGCGCCUGGCGCCCGCGCUGCAGCACAAGGCGCCGCACGCGCGCGAGGAGGCGCUGCGCUGCGUCGCCGCGCUGCUGCACGAUCACGGCGCGGCGGAGCUGCAGCUGCGGGGCGCGAUCCCGAGCCUGGCGGCGCUGGUGUCGGACCCCAACGGCGCCGUGCGGGACGCGGCCAUGCAGCUGCUGGUGGACGUCUACAGGCACGUCGGUGAACGUUUGAGACAGGAUCUGAAGAAGAAGGAGCUGGUGCCGGCUCAGAAGUUGGCCAUACUCGAGCAGAAGUUCGACGAGGCGAGGGAGGCAGGAUUGUUGCUGCCCUCUGCAACCCAAGGCACAGACGAAGCGGACUUCGUGUCCAGGACGGUGAAACGAACCAUGACGAUACCGACGUCCGCGCGCAGCCGCGACGGAGACAGCAGUGGAGCCUCCACGCCAGCAUGCGAGCCCCCGAAGCGGACGGUGGCAGGUCUGUACAGCUUACCGUCCGCCAGCAGGAAGCCACCGCCACCGACCAAGCUCACCGGCUCCGCCGGCGGCGGGCCGGGCGGCGGCGAGGCGGGCGCCGUGUCGGGCGAGGCGUUCGAGGCCGCCUUCGCCGGCAGCGCGCCCGCCGCCGUGUACGGCGCGCGCGGCCUGGACGACCACUGCCGCCACGCCGCCGCGCUGCUGGGCGACCGCGCCGCCGACUGGGAGAAGCGCGUCGACGCCCUCAAAAAGAUCCGCUCGUUGCUGACGGCAAACGCGCACGUACAGUUCCCGACGGAGUUCGCGGCGCACCUCAAGGACCUCUCGGUGCCCUUCCUAGUGGUCAUCAAAGAUCUAAGGAGUCAGGUGGUCCGCGAGGCUUGCAUCACCAUCGCUCACAUGGCCAAGGUGCUGAAGAACAAGCUGGAGCAGUUCAGCUUGUACAUCCUCCAGGAGUUAAUCAACCUCAUUCAGAACGCUGCUAAGGUGGUGUCGUCGGCGGGCACGGUGUGCGUGCGCUACAUCGUGACGUACGUGCACGCGCCGCGCCUCGUGCCCGUGCUGGCCACCAACCUCACCACCAACAAGAGCAAGGAGAUACGCGCCACGCUCGGCGAGGUGCUGGUGCUGCUGCUGGAACGCUGGAGCCCCAGUGCUGUGGAGAAGCAGCAGGCGGUUAUGCGCGACGCGAUCCGACGCGUCUGCGCGGACGCAGACGGCGCCGCCAGGAACUACGGACGCAAAGCGUACUGGGCGUACAAGCGGCACUUCCCGGAGGACGCGGAGGCGCUGUUCUCCCGCCUCGACGUGGCCGCGCAGAAGCAGAUCGAGCGCGAACGGCUCGGCAGCCUCGACAGUCUGCACACCAUCGCCACCGGUAGAACUAUAACAAGCCCGAGGAGCCCUUCGGCGAGUGUCUCAGAGCGCUCGCCGGGCGGCGGCGCGGCGCGCUCGCAGUCGGCGCUGGACGCGGCGGCGGCGCAGCGCGCGCGCGCGCGGGCGCUGUACUCGCACCUGGCGCGCGCCAAGGUCGCCGCCGGCAGCGCCAGCCUGCCUCGAGCUAAAAGGUCGCCCGUGAGUGCGGCCGUGCCGCCGAGUCCCGAAAGAGUGGUGGGUCGCUCCAGAUCUCGCCCGGGUGUGUCACAAUCGCAACCGACAUCCCGCUCAUCAUCCCCCUCGUCCCGGAGCGGCCCCGUGUCGCUGUCCAGCGCCCGCAGGAGACCCUCGGGGAUACCUCGAUCCCUGGCCGGCUCCAGGGAGACCAGUCCCACCAGGAGCGGGCGCUCGAGCAGCGCGGCGGGCGCGGCGGGCGCGGGCGGCGCGGCGGGCGCGGCGGGCGCGGGGGGCGCGGGGGGCGCGCGGCGGCGCGAGGCGGCGGAGCGGCCGCAGCGCGCGCCCGCCGCCACGCUGCGCCUGCUGCAGCAGAGCCGCGACGCGGAGGCCGCGCUGCGGAGUCCCGAGGACAGUUCGACGUGCGAGGUGCGUCGAGACGACGACUCCGAGGCUUCCAGUGUCUGUUCGGAGCGCAGCUUGGACUCUUAUCGCAGACAUGACAGCGUAUCGUGGUCCGGCUCGGGGCGCCUGGGCUGGGAGAGCUCCCCCCCGCCGCCGCCGCCGCCCGACGACAUCAUCGCGCUGUGCGCCUGCACGCACUGGACGGAGCGCAAGGACGGCCUCACGCACCUUGCCAACUACCUUAAUAGCGGUCGUUUGCUGACGGAGGAGCAGCUCCGGCGCCUCACGGAGUUGCUGAACAAGAUGUUCGUGGACGCGCACACCAAGGUUUUCUCGCUGCUGCUGGACGCCGUCUGUGAACUGCUGCUGGUGCACUGGCAGCAGCUGCGCGACUGGCUCUACCAGCUCAUGUUUAGAUUGCUGAUGAAACUCGGCACAGAUAUCCUAGGUUCCGUACAGAGUAAGAUAAUGAAGACAUUGGACGUCAUACACGAGUGCUUCCCGGCUGAACUUCAACUGCACAAUAUAUUUAGGUUCCUGGCGGACGGCGCGACGGCCCCGACGCCCAAGACCAAGGUGGCCGCGCUGCGGUUCCUGGCCGACCUCGCGCACGACUACUGCACGCCCAGCGGGCUGGCGCUCGCGCUGCACGGCGGCGCGGCGGGCGCGGCGGGUCGCGCGCUGUGCAAGGUGUCGGCGCUGGCGGCCGACGCGCGCGCCGCCGACGUGCGCCACGCCGCGCGGCGGGCGCUCGCCUGCCUGUACGACUGCAACCCCGUGCCCUUCACAGCGCUGAUGUCGGAGCUGCCGGCGGAGACGCAGGCGCUCGUCAACGGAGUAGUGCAGCAACACGUGCGUCGCACAUCCAGCACAGGCAGCGACAGUCCGCUCCGGACGUCCACCAUGAACUCGAACUCGAACAACGCGGAGGACGUGUACUCCCGCAUCAGGAAGACCACCAACGAGAUACACACGUACACGGCACAGCACUCCAACGCGGAGUGCGGUAACCACAUGUCGAGCAAGGACUCCGGCAUCAGCCAGAUGUCGGACGCCACGCUGUCGCGCGGACACAACGGAGCUGCGCCCGCCACCAACGGACACUGCGCCGAUAUGAUCGGUCGUGCGGCUUCAGCCGACAGCUCCGAGGAGGCGAGCAGCACCAAGGAGUCUUCACCAACGCCCCACACAAGGCUCGACUACGGACACGGUGACUACAGCGCAGGUCACCUGGGCCGGGACAAGGUGAAGCCCUUCGAAAUGGACGAAAAUGGAUUGAUCAUUACCAAAUCUGGGCUACGUGAGCUGGAGGUGCUGGAGGCGCUGUCGACGCUAGACGUGUCGUCGGCCGCGCCCGAGCUGGUGGAGCGCCUAUUGCUCGCCACGCAUGAGGUGCUCAAGUACGGCGACUGUCGCCGCCCGCAGGAGUACUUCAAGAACAUAGUCCGCGUGUCGCUGGCGGCGCUGUCCAUCGAGGAAAACGCAGCCGACAAGGAGAACGCCGAGGGCGCCACCACCGCGCAGCAGGCGUCCGGCUGGGGCUCGGCGAACGAGCGUGCGGCGGCGGAGGCCGUGAAGGUGCUGAUCUGGCUGUGUCGACGCGCCGAGACGCGUCCGCAGUGGCUGGAGUACUUCGACCUGAUCCUGCUGAAGCUCAUCAACGCGUAUGGCGCGCUCAGCAAGGAGGUGAUGCGCGCCGUGGACGCCGGCCUGCCGCACGUAGCGGCGGCGCUGCCGGCGGCGCAGGUGCUAGCGCUGCUCAAGCCCGUGAUCCGCACGCGCGGCUACCCGACGUCGCUAUGCGCGCUCAAGCUGGCCGCCGAGGUGGCGAAGGCGCGCUCUUCCGAGUUGUGCGAUGACACGGUGGCGCAGCUCAUGGAGGGCGUGGGGCAGCUGGCCGACCACCAGAACUCGGCGGUGCGCAAGGCGGCCGUGUUCUGCAUGGUGGCCUUCACCUUCGCGCUGGGCGAGGAGCGCAUGCAGCCGCACCUCAAGCACCUCUCCGUCAGCAAGUACCGCCUGCUGCAGGUGUACAUCAGCAAGCAGCGCGAGGAGGCCGCCAAGGGCAGCUCGCACUCGUAGCGGCGACCGCGACACGCCACGCGCAGCACGCAGACCGACUGACUGCCUCCCCGCCCCGCACCGACACCGACACCGACACCGACUCCGCCUCGGCCGGCCGAUGCGACACCGACCCCGCACCUCUAUGUGAGCUCAUUCUACGUUGCAUUUAAUGUUCAUUUCAAUUGUUAUUCAGAAUUAUUUUAUAAAACGAUUUAUGAUAUAUAUAUUUUUAAAUUAUCGUUAUUUUAAUAUUAGUUAAUGAUGUUUUAAACGAUCAUAGAGGUUGCAAUCUCGAUCUCGAUACGAAAUAAAUGUAAAAAAUUGUCUAUUAAAUGUAGUUAUAUUUUUCUAAGCGACGCAUUUAUCGCUCCGGUGUUGUAAACGAACGUCGCCUGUCGGUGUGCGUGUGUGUGUACAGUGUGGUGUAAGGAUAUCUGCGCGUGAGUGUGCGUGACCGUGAUGACGUCAGAAUAGUUUGCCAAAAUGGAGGAGCACAUUAUGUAUAUAUAAGUAAAUAAAACGGUACACAGUAAUAUGAACGAUAUAUAUGCUAACAGAUAUAAUUAUAAAUAAACAAUUAAACUCCAUUUUGUCAAUCUGCCGCCGUUGACAAUUUAUCUUAGACUAAUGCUAACGCAGCAGUAAGGAUCGCUAGCUGGACUAUGGCGCCCUGGAGUACAGGCGAGGGGAAAACUCAACAAUAUAUAUAUAUAUAUAUAUAUACAUAUAUACAUAUAUAAUGACAUAGAACAUAUUUCUAGGCUAAUUUUGUAAUUAUACAUAGACUUGUAGAUUGAACCGUGUCGUACGGUAAUGUGAAACUGGAUGUUUUCUUCUCGACUGUACUCCAGGGCACGUCGUCUGCUAUUGUACAAGUAAUAUAUGGAUUGUGAUAAUAUUUUAUUCCACUAAAGAAUGACUAUUUAAAUGCUGUCUAUCCCUUUUUAAUUAGUAACUGUGACGUCACUAUGUUAUUAGCAUCUCUGUCUAAUGUUUUUUAAAUUUCCAAUAACAUGUUACUUUAUAGAUUCUAUAGAAUUAUAGAAUAAUUUUUUUUAAACAAUUUAAAGCAUGUCAAUAAUAGCUGUUGUUUGCCUUAAAAUGAAACUUAUUUCCUCUAGGUCUUCAGGAUAUCUUGUUUAGAUAGAUGAAUAGAUAAAAAAGGCCAUUAAUAGCAAUAGAUAAUUGUAAUAUAUGCAUACUAGAUCCUAUAUGUGAACUUGGCCUAAUAAAGACAGUUGUUAUUUAGAUGUACAUUUUCUGUAGCGCCAUCUAGCGAUGAGUUACAACAAUUCGCACAGUAUAAAUCAUUUUCCAACAAAAAUGUUUUUUAUAUAUAAACUUUCUAGUUUAUUAGUCUCUUUCAUACAACACAAUAGUUUUAUACUUAUACAUGUAUACAUAUAUAUCUUUAGUGGGAUAAAAUAUCUUGUAGAUGAUUUACACUUUGAUUUGGUAUAUGCUAGACGAAACUUAGGAACAUUCUCGAUAUUAUUUUGAGUGAUACGGUGUGUUGGUUUGUACGGCGCGGUUCGAAUGACUGGCGACCAUGUGUUACUCGUUCGAUUCCCAUUAUAAAAGUAUAUCAUAGACAUUAGUGUUGAAAUCACUAACUACUUUCUGUGUGUGAAAAAUUCUAUUUAAAUUUUCGUGACUCAUUCGAACAUCGACCGUAAUGUUAUAUGAGAUAAGGCUUAAAUUCCUAUAGUGGUGUUGUAUAAAUUAUGACGGUGUGUACAGUUUUUUAAUUGUAUCCGCGAUGUGCUAGUGUGAGUGUCCUGUGUGUGCGAUCGUUUUGUAAUCACAGCACAGCUUAUCUAAUCUCCUUCCUACCGCCCAUCAGGUCGAAUUAAUUUAUAUUCAAUAACUUAUGCUAAAACUGCGAAACGAUCGCGCGUACAUUUAAAUCGCUUAAAGUGUACGAUGUCUCGAGCGCACUGGAUUUAUUCUUUGUAGUUAUAUCUCACGGGUUAAGAUUAUAUGAACGGAUUUUUUUUUUGCGUAAAACUUUUGUUAUCUUUAAACAUUGGAAACUGUGAUUUUUCCCUUUGGAGGCGCAACUUUAUGUUAUUAACCACGCGUCACCAGUUUCUUUGAGUUGUCAAGAGAAAUUGUAAUAACGUCAUGAAAUUCUAUUGGUGACAAACAGCUGGAAACAUUUGCCGCGGGGAGUCCGUUCAGGUAUCUUAGUAACACCACAAUACCAAAAUCAUCAGCUUUGCUGCAGCUUUAUAUUGUGUAAUAAGAAUCAAAAUGUAUGUUUGAAAUAGUUGGAAAUAUUUAAAGACCAGACAAUAGUCACGUUAGAUUGAACUUUAUUUCUUUACACGUAAGGUUCAUUUUUGUACAUGUUUCUCGACUAUUUUACAUACAUUUCUGUGCUAAUAACUUCACGGGGCAAUUUAAUACGAAAAUAUCGUAGUGACAGCGCAGUGUUGUUUUAUUAAAGCUAGAUAUCGUUACGUCGAUCUGUCCGGUGCAUUAUAUUUAAUAUUUGUAUGUAUGUAUAAUAUUAUCAAUGAAACUAAUGCCUUUGAGAUUUCUAAUAUUUUAAUUAAACGAUGACGGUAACCAAUCGUUAAUAUUGACAUAAGGUUAGCGCACAUUACGCACGGUUUGAGGGGGGAGGGGGGGUGUUUGGUGAGCGGGCAAGUUUCGUACGCGCCAAUAACAGGAAAUCUGAUUAUAUAUUUGUGUCUAACGGGAUGUGAACAAUGAACUUUCGUAGAUAUUAUAAUUUUGUGAAUAAAAAAAAAAGUUUUCUUCUGCUCGAAUAAGAAUUAUAUUAACCAGACACUUCUUUGCGCUUCCUUAUCAAACAGAAAAACGGAACAAAUUAAUUUCGUUUAUAAUAAAACAUUAUUAUUAUUACCGACUGUAAUGGACGCGAACCUCGGAUUUUAUUUUAGCAAAUAAACAAUCUCAAACGUGGACAGAGGUGUUUGGAGGUGGGAUGCCAUUCCGUUUGGAACUGGAUUUAUUUUAUAAAAUGGCGUUAGGAUCGUUUGUGCCUUUGCCGAUACGUUACUUGAUUGCAUUGUAUAAUACUCUAGAUAGGUGACGGACGAAGUUACACUAAAACCGGACCAGCAGACGCGCUCUCUCACCGUGCUUAUCGCGUCCGGUCCGUCUGUUUGUAUGUUUGUAUGUAACUGUAUUGUACAUUAUAUGUAUAUGUUUUACGUUCGCUGUAAGACGCUCGGCGAAUUUGUGAUCGAUAACCAAAUGUUGGUUCAAAAAUGUUAGUUUUCUCUAUAUAUUAACUUUUAUUACGCCGUUUUAUUAUCGACGCGUCGUGGUUCGUUCGUUCGAUAUAUUUAUCGUUUAGAUAUACAUAAUAUAUGUUAUUAAUACAUAAUAUUUUAUCAUCGUCAUACCCACAUACAUAAACA